UCUACAUAAAUUUGUGAAAUUAAAGUUAGAGAAUAAUUUAACUUCUAAAAUGGAUACUAUUUUCACCUUUCACCAAGCAAACCAUGUUGGACGUUUGGACUCCAGCUUCCUCGCCGAAGUUUGUUGGAUGGAGGAGGGAGUUUUCGAGCAAUCGGCUCGACCGACGCCAUACCUUCGCGUCAUGCUCACACAGGACGACGGGGAGACAAUUAUGGUGGCCAUUGCGACCGGGAACUUUUACCACGUGGCUAAAAGUCUUUAUCAGGUCGGGAACGUGUACUGCUUUCCACGUGGCAUGUUCGAGAUCCGGCCUCGGACCUCGCAAAAUUCAUCAAGCUAUCCAUACGACUUGUGGUUUCUAAACGAUUCUGCCUCAUCCGAUAAAAGGUGUCCAAGAUCCCAGACUUCAGAACUGGAAGAGUCCAUGCAAAAUAUGAACAUUUUCUAAAUUUGUAUAUUAUUUAAUCUAAUUAUAUGUUAUUAC